UCGGACGAUCAUACAUAAAUAAACGAGUCGUCUGACUCGUCGUUCGUCUUUCCUCUCUUACUAAAAUAAGUAAUGUUUUGGUUUCACUCUCUAAAUUUAAAAUUCAUCGUGUUCAGAACGUAAUAUCCGGGGAGAUAUCGUUAAAACAUGAAGUGAAGCUUACAAAGAAGUAAAAGAGUUCGAAAGAAUUACCAAACGUUCUCUGACGUUUUACUUGUCGAGGUAAUCUUUACCUUUGAUACACAUUUCAUUGUCUCCCUUUCUGUAGUUUUGCAAGCUUCAGACAUAGUUUAUUUUCUUCUUAAGAUUUCCCGACUUGUUUGGGAUACCUCGAUCAUUCAUACGGUAUGCACCUGACGCCACGAUUGAUUCCUCGAGACUUUAUCAAUGAUCUGUUUGUCUGCAGAUACUGAGCAUUGGCGCCCUCUUGUCUGCACAAUUAUCCAUUUAUGGAUAAAGCUGCUCGACUCUUUCACAUACAUACACGCUAUUUCUACUCCUUAUCGAUACAUAAUAUUCCGAACGUCUCUGAUACUUUCUCUUCAAUAAGAGAAAGAAUUUAAAUAUUUAGCAUAUAUCAAAAUACAUGAAAUAAGCAAGGUUAUCGAUAAAAAUAAUUCCUAUGCAGGGCAACAUUUUUGAAAGUUUACAUAGUCCUUCAAUGUCUUGACCUUCCAACAUGGUGAUUUUAACGGCCAAGACCUUGGCUCUAGUAAUCUCGGCUAUCAAAGAGCUACGAGAAAUGAAAGGUUCGACAUCGCGAGAAAUUCUAAAUUACAUCACGUCUACCUACAGCGUACCAUCAGAAACAGCUCGUCGUCAGAUGCAAGUAGCUUUGAAACGUGGUGUCGCUUAUGGAAUUUUGAAAAAGAGUGGCGUACAUUAUAGCUUGCCAACCGAUACACAAGCGGAAUGUGAGGAAAUCGCGAAGCAAGAGUUGGGUCUUUUAGACAGGUAUUGUCGACGAAAACAACGAAAGAAGAAACGUGGUUGCAAGUCAAGAAGACGACCUAAACGUAGGUCAUGUAGGUGUAAGAAGAAACGUCGAAGUUCGAGAAGGAGACCUCGUUGUAAACCGAGAAGACCACGGAAAAGGAGCAAGUGCUCUUGUAGGAAACGUGGAAUUUAUCCAAGAAGAUCGAUGAGUCCUUUAUCGAAAAUAGAGAAUCUUUCUUUGAAACCAAGGAUCGAGAAUAAUGACCACAAUGAAUGUGAAAACAGUAGUCAUUCUUCGAUACCUUCCGUGGGAAGACGUGAUCAUGAUAUGUCAUUAUCUUACUAAAUAUUAAUUCUAUGAUUAAUAUAUUAAAUCGAUAAUAACACUGUGAAUAGGAGCAUAGAAUUAAAUUGUUUUUUUUUUUUUUGUAAUAAUGUUUCUAUCACAUUUUCAUUCAUCAAAUUACAU